UCCAAAAGAAUGGAGAAAAGAAAUUAUUCCCUAGUGACUGAGUUCAUCCUCAUAGGGCUCACAGAUCAGCCAGAGCUCCAACUGCCCCUGUUCUUCCUGUUCCUAGGGAUUUAUGUAGUUAGUGUGGUGGGAAACCUGGGCAUGAUUGUACUUAUUAUACUCAGUUCUCAUCUUCACAACCCCAUGUAUUUUUUCCUCUGUAGUUUGUCCUUCAUUGAUCUCUGUCAAUCAACUGUCAUCACACCCAAAAUGCUUGUGAACUUUGUGUCAGGGAUGAACAAAAUCUCCUACUCUGAGUGCAUGACACAGUUCUAUUUCUUUGGCUUUCUUGGAGUUUGUGAAUGCCAAAUGUUGGCUGUAAUGGCAUAUGACCGCUAUGUUGCUAUAUGCCGUCCCCUUCUUUAUAAUCUUAUAAUGUCCUAUCAAGUUUGUUCUUCCUUGGUGGCUGCAGUAUAUGCUUCAGGACUGCUUGCUGCCACAGUUCACACAGGCUGUUUGCUUAGAGUGACCUUCUGCAAGGAAAAUGUCAUUAAUCAUUAUUUAUGUGAUCUCCUUCCACUCUUGAAGCUCUCUUGUUCUAGCACCUAUGUCAAUGAAUUGGUGACUUUGGCCACCAAUACAUUUGUUGUCCUUUUCCCAACACUGGCCAUCAUUACUUCUUAUGUUUUCAUCAUUGUUAGCAUUUUAAAAAUCCACUCCACUGAAGGCAGAUCCAAAGCCUUCAGUACCUGUAGUUCCCAUAUUGCUGCAAUUGGUGUCUUCUUUGGCUCUGUUGCAUUUAUGUACCUGCAGCCAUCUUCAGGCAACUCCAUGGAUCAGGGAAAAGUUUCCUCUGUCUUUUAUACUAUCGUUGUGCCCAUGCUAAACCCUCUCAUCUAUAGUCUGAGAAAUAAUGAUGUGAAAGUUGCCUUGAGGAAAAUAAUAGAAAGAAGAAAAUUUUAG